CAAAGUGAUCUGUCUGUUUCAGGCAAAAUGGCAACUGGGGUCAAAUACAAAGAUUUUAAACUGGUCACCCCUUUUAAUAUUGUGGCGUGUGCUGAUGGUGAUGAUGUCACACUGCCUUGUCAACUCUCUCCUGAAACCAGUGCUGUUGCCGUGGAGAUCAGGUGGUUCAGGAGGACUGACUGUAUCUACCUGUAUAGGAAUGGUCAUGUGAUAGAGGGGAGGGGCUAUGAGGGCAGAGUGAGUGUGGACCCCCAGCAGCUGCAGAGAGGAGACGUGUCUCUCACACUGAGGAGGAUCAGAGGGGGAGAUGAUUAUGGAGUGCACACAUGCCAGGUCAUCAGUGGAGGACACCAGGAGGAGGGAAGAGUCCAGUUGAGGAUCAUAGAUCGCUAUAACAGGGUACGUAUGGAAUAUGUAUCACAGCAGGAGAUAACUGCUGCAGAGAGGAAGAAAAUGGCGGAAUCUGUCCAGUCUCUGGCUCCCCCUUCUUGGUGGAAGGCAACUGAUGAAUUAAUGGAGAAAAACAGACAGCUGGAGGAGAUGAAGAAGACAUUGGAGGAGAAAGAAAAACAAUUAAAAGAGAAAUACAUGGGCAUGGAGAAUGUGAAACAACAACAACAACAACAACAACAACAGGAGAAGAACAAAGAACUGGAGAUGAGGAACAGACUCCUUUAUGUGAGAGACAAACAGAUGGAAGAGAGAGAAAACAAAAUCAAGGAGAGAGACAAGAGGAUAGAGGAGAGUGAGAACAACUCCCAGGAGAAAACCAAACAAUUAGAGAUGAAAGACAAGCUACUGGAGGGAAAGGACUUGCAGGUUAAAGAUGGAGAAAAUAAACUCAAGGAGAAGAUUACAUUUCUGGAGGAGAGCAAAAAGAGACUGAUGGAGAGAGAGAAGAUGAUGGAGGACAAGAAC